UUGUCAACACCCCUUAAGCUCAAGUUAAUCGACGCAUACAUUGUCUACAUCUUUGUUACCGGGGUCAUUCAAUUUAUUUACUGUUGCUUGGUUGGAACAUUCCCAUUCAAUGCCUUUCUUUCGGGAUUUAUCUCGACAGUAGCUUCAUUUGUUUUAGCUGUGUGUUUGAGAAUGCACAGCAAUCCCCAAAACAAAGGUGUUUUUCCCGAUUAUAUGCCCGAGUGGGCGUUCGGCAAUUUCAUUUUUGCACACAUAGUUCUUCAUUUGGCAGUAUUUAACUUCAUGGGUUAA